UCCAACAUCACAUUCGAGCACCCAUACUCUCGUAGUGACUACUUUUUCCAAAUUUCGUCUUUGAUAAAACUCGAAAGAUCAAACAAUGGCAUCAAACGCUUGCAAACUCCUUUGCCUUGUUCUCUUCUUCGCAUUCGUUAACCAAGGGUAUGGAGAUUGUCAUCUAAAUUACCUAUCUGUGAAACAAUCGAAGACCGGAAAAUUGGUUCAGAACAAACCAGAGUGGGAAGUGAGAGUAACAAACCCUUGCAAAUGCAAAUUCCAGUACACAACGUUGUCAUGUGUCGGUUUCCAAUCGGUUACACCCGUCGCUACCUCGUUGUUGUCGAAAUCCGGUGACUUGUGUCUCCUCAACGCCGGUAAAUUCAUCUUUCCACACGUGGAUUUCGUUUUCAAAUACGUUUGGGACACGAGCUUCGACCUCAAGGUUAUCGACGGCGUAAUCGUUUGUCCUUAAAUUUUCUAGCCGAAUUGUUUCGGUUUAAUUCGGUUUUGGUUCAUGUUAGGUAGGUCACAUGAAACUGAUGAUAUUUACUCAAAUGUUGUCCCAAACAUUAGCUUAAGGAUUAAUAAAGAUGUUUGCUUCAG